CGCACUUGUCUCUAUUCUCAACGACAAACACCCACACUAAUGCAAGAUUAACUUCUGGCUUCUCUUUACGGCGCUCAGCGAUAUCAGCCCAUGGAUCCGAGCUACAAAGCCCGUAAGGAGGCUUUUGUGUCUAACCUAGCCGGUGGGAGUAUCCUCGAGAUUAAUGCGGUGACCUUGGUAGCUCCGGCCGCCAUCCUUCUUUGGUCCCUCCUCCAAUCCCGUCUUUCCUUCUUCUCUCCAUACACCUCCGCGGCGCUGGUCACCGAUUUCCUACUCAAUAUCCUUGCGAUUCUCUUUGCAACCACCGUGUAUUCUGCAGCACCAUGGACUCUGAACGCUCUUCUCCUCGCCCCGGCUCUACUGCUGCUGCUUAAUUCACGACCCCAACCCGCUCAAAAAAAGGCCAAGCCUCCGCCGCAUGCUUCGAUGGCGAAAAAAAGUGAAUCCGAGCCCGACCAGUCCCUUCCAAUUCUCCCUUAUCUGACAACCUAUCGGGCAUGUAUGAUGGUCAUCACCUGUGCUGCCAUCCUGGCCGUGGACUUCCGUGUAUUCCCCAGGCGAUUUGCCAAAGUCGAAAAUUGGGGAACCUCGCUCAUGGAUCUGGGAGUCGGGUCGUUUGUGUUCUCUGGAGGGGUGGUUUCGGCUCGCUCAGUUCUCAAGAGUCGUCAAAUUGGAGGCCCGAAGAAGCCCCUGGGUCAGCGACUGGUGGCCUCGACCCGCCACUCCAUCCCUCUGCUCGCCUUGGGCCUGAUCCGACUGUACAGUGUCAAAGGUCUCGACUAUGCUGAGCAUGUGACAGAAUAUGGCGUGCAUUGGAACUUCUUUUUCACGCUGGGUUUCUUGCCUCCCUUCGUUGAGAUCUUUGACAGCCUCGCUACGCUGGUCCCAUCCUACGAGCUCUUGUCCCUUGGGGUUGCGGUUUUGUAUCAGGUGGCUCUGGAAUCCACUGACCUGAAGAGCUAUAUACUGGUCGCUCCCCGGGGACCCGACUUGCUCUCCAAGAAUCGGGAAGGGGUGUUCUCAUUCGUAGGGUACUUCGCGAUCUUCCUGGCUGGCCGGGCCAUUGGCAUCAGGAUCAUGCCGCGCGGAACAUCACCGUCCACCACCCCGCAACAGGCCCGGAAACGUGUGCUAGCUACCUUGGGGGGCCAGGCUCUGGUCUGGACCGGGAUCUUCCUGCUCAACUCGACGUAUGCGCUGGGCUACGGCGCAAAUCUUCCGGUGUCGCGGCGCCUUGCCAACAUGCCAUACGUAGUGUGGGUGGCGGCUUUCAACAACGCCCAGCUUUUCGUGUUCUGUCUCCUGGAGACGAUCUUCUUCCCAUCCGUCCAUCGGGCGUUGGGAAGAGAGGGCGAAGCGGAGCGGGUCUCCUUUGCAACCAGCCCGAUCCUUUCGGCCUUCAACAAGGGUGGACUGGCGGUAUUCUUGGUGGCCAACCUUCUCACCGGCGCGGUGAAUCUGAGCGUUUCCACCUUGGACCUCAAUACCACUCAAGCCAUGGCCAUCUUGAUCGGGUAUCUCGCAGUCCUGACGGGGGUUGCACUGGGGCUGGACCGGGCUGGAAUCAAAUUGGCACUCUGAUGCGCCAGAACGUGCAAAUAUUGUAUUAGAUGACGAGUGUAUAUUGAGCAGACAAAAUUAGAGUGUUGCUU